UUGUCUCUCAUAGUUAUUCUCGUAUUCUUACGCUUCACUGCACGCGACUCUGAAUUCUGCAAUCAUACCCAAUCCUCCCAACUUUCUAGAACCAACAUGAGGCUUCUCAGCUGGAUUGUCUUGCCACUUAUCCCCUUCGUCUCAGCCGGUGUCUCAACUAUCUACUGGCCGGUAUCCAACCCUGAUCCUUCCAACCCCUGGGUCAUUGGCGAAAAAAACCUACUCGCAUGGACAACUGGCAGUGGCACCGGUGUUCAAUCAUUCGAUGUUCAGCUACACAAUUCCAACCGUUCCGUUAUGGUCGGCUUCCUUCCCAUUGCUUUGCGAGUACCUAUGGAGAGGUUACCCUCAGGAUAUAAGAACUAUGGUGGAGAGAUGGAGGUUGACUUAGGAUCCAACAUCCCUACAGGAGACGGGUUUUAUCUGCUGUUCAUGAACACCUAUCACGGAGAAGUGUAUGCCAAAUCGAAAAAGUUUUCAAUUUACGCCUCUACUCCAGCCAAUUUCACUUCGGCCGAUCUUCCUACUGCCACCGUUACCGCUACCCUUUCGGAAGCCCCUAACCCUACGCAACAAUGGGCUAUCACUCUUAAUGGUGUCGAUCAGGAUGCGACGGCGACGGCCACGUCCACAAGCUCUUAAGAGUAGUUCAGAUGUUGUUGUUUAUGGACAAUACUUCCACUUUUGACGUUCCAUUUUUACCUUGUAUACCCGUUUGAUGAGUCUAGCCGUUUAUUUUAGUGAGUUUUAUACAGUACGAUUUUAUGAUGAACUUCAUG